AUUUUGGCCAAUUGUUAAAUGCAGAACUAACAAAUAGAAGUUUCUAAGUAAAUUGGCUUAAUCGUUUUUUAAAGAGCGUAUCAACUGUUUCCCUGUGUGCCUUCAUGGACACUGAUGAAUUGGUGGCAGUUGUUGAAGGCAUAUUAGGACAGAGGGCAGCCUGGGAGGGGUUUACUGGUGAGACGGGAGGAGAUUAAUGUUCUGUGUGACUGUGAUGGGUGGUGGCCAAGAAGAGGGGGGCUAACAAGAAGCAGGAACAGCAGAGGAUGGGGUUUUGAUGGUGGCGUGGGGUGUCCGGUAAGAGGAGUAAUUUGGGCCAUCCGGAGUGAGGCGUUUCACCAGCAGUUGUCACCUCAGCAGUUGGUGGGAGACUGGCACAUGUGCUGCUCUGACUUGGACCGCUUUUUUUAUUUAUUUAUCCUUUUUUAUUUGGGACAGUGUUUCUGUGAUCUUUGAUUUUUAAUAUUUUAUAUUUAAAAAAACAAAACAAAACUAUCCUCUAUCCUGGAAUUGGACGAGCUGUGUUCCUGUUUUGUCCCAGCUGGACCAUUCUUUGACGGAGCUGCCCAGCUGAGGUGAAGGGGAGGGCAGAAGAUCCCAGCGGAGUGUUCAUGACCUGCCCACAGAAACAGGACCAUGAUCUGAGGACGGUGCUGGAUGCAUAGAACCCCAUCUUCCUCUCCUCUUUGUCCCUCUUCUUUUUUGUUUUUCUGGGGGUUUUUUCAGUCUGAACUGAAAAGCCUCUCUGCUCAGGUGCUUUAGACAGAGUCAGGGUUAACAAAAAGGUCAAACUGAAAGCAAGUAAGCAUCUACAGAGGAAGAACUACAUCUACAGCCAUCUGUGACCUCACUCAUUUCCAUAUCCUCCCUCCUCCUCCCAUCGCAACACCAGAACCAUGGGGAGGAAAAAGAUCCAAAUUCAGAGGAUCACUGAUGAACGCAACAGACAGGUGACAUUUACCAAACGGAAGUUCGGUUUGAUGAAGAAGGCGUACGAGCUGAGUGUCCUGUGUGACUGCGAGAUCGCGCUCAUUAUCUUCAACCACUCAAACAAGCUGUUUCAGUAUGCCAGCACCGACAUGGACAAGGUCCUGCUCAAGUACACAGAGUACAACGAGCCACACGAGAGCCGGACCAAUGCCGACAUUAUCGAGACGUUGCGAAAGAAAGGCUUUAAUGGCUGCAACAGCCCCGAGCCCGACGGCGACGACUCCAUCGACCAAAGUCCUCUAAAUGAUCGCAAGACCGAAGACCUGGACAGCCUCUUCAAACGCUAUGGCGCUCUGAACAAGAAAGAGCACCGGGACUCUGAGAGCCCAGACCCCGAGGAGCCAUUCUCCCUCACCCCCCGCACUGAGGAGAAAUACAAAAAAAUUGACGAGGAGUUUGAUAAAAUGAUGCAGAACUAUAGGCUGUCAUCCGCUGUCCCACAGUCCACCUUCCCAAUGCCAGUCACCGUCCCAGUGACCAAUCAGAAUGCAGCAGCAGCCCUCCAGUUCAGCAACAAUCCCGGUGGGCUGGUCACCACCACUUCCUUCGUCACCUCCACCCUUACGGAUCCCCGCCUCUUGUCACCACAGCAACAGCCUCUACAGAGGAACACCGUGUCGCCAGGGUUACCGCAACGACCGGCCAGCGCAGGUGCGAUGUUAGGAGGAGAUUUGGGGAACUCAAAUGGAGCGUGCCCGAGUCCAAUUCCUAAUGGCUACAUCAGCGCCAGGGCCUCCCCGGGCCUCCUGUCCGUAUCCAAUGGCAACAGCCUGGGAAAAGUAGUGCCGGCAAAGUCACCACCUCCACCCAGCCCUCAGUUGGUCAACAGCCGGAAGCCGGACCUGAGGGUCAUCACUUCACAGAGUGGAAAGAGCCUGCUGCAGCUGACAGAGGAAGAGCUGGAGUUGGUGAGUGAGAAUGCUCAGCGGCUAGGUAGCUCGCAGGUGACUCAGCCACUCACAACUCCAGUGGUUUCUGUGGCAACACCCAGUCUCCUUGCUCCCUUCCCCGGCAUGCAGACAGCCUAUAACACCGAGUACCAGCUGACCAGCGCAGAUCUCACAGCCCUUCAGACUUUCACACCACCAGGGCUGGUGCCUGGCAACAUGGCCGCCUGGCAGCAGCAACCAGUCGUCUCCCAGCAACAACAACAGCAUCAACAGCAGCAACAGCAGCUGACACUGGCGUCACUCAAUAACUUGGUCUUGGCUUCUCAGUCCAACUUUCUCUUGGGCAGAGAGGAGGGCCUCUGCUGGUCAGUUGGCCCCGUACCUCAGAGCACCGCACUCACAGUCAACACAAACCCCAAUGUCAACAUUAAAUCAGAACCCGUCUCCCCAAACCGUGACCGCAGCACCCCCAGUUCCACCGGCGGUCCAGCGGUGGGCGCAGGGCCUCAGAUCCAGGGACAAGGUCUGGUGUCCAUCGCCUUCCCUGGCACUCAAGGCCGCUCGCCUGUCGACAGCCUCAGCAGCAACGGCUCCUCCUAUGAGGGUAGCGACAGGGACGAUGGUGCCCAGGGUCGAGGUGGGGGGCAAGACUUCCACCACCAGGUGGCAGCCGGAGCACAGCAGUCCACCAUGGUCCUGCUGCGGCCCUCGUCAGCUGAGCCUCAGGAACAGGAUGGGACAAACGUCAAAAGAGUGAGAUUGGAUACCUGGGUGACAUAAAGGAGAACAGAAGGAUGGACACAUGGAAGGAGGAGAUGUGUACUUGUGGCUUGUGAACAUGCCCCCCACCAGCUCUUGACGCCCCCCAGUUUCGCUCUCUGAAAACCCUCACAGAAUAAAACCAUCAUUGACCCAGUAACUUACUAUUCAUGCAGGAAAGUCACUCAUGCACAACACAAGCAUGCCAACACACCCAUGUUGCACAUAUGAACACUGAUGCUCAGUUGUAUGGCGAUGUGCAUUCAUGUUUGUACUUUGACGAACUCAAAACGUGAAAACCCGCCACUGGGUUGAGCCAACGAUCCAGGGAUUACUCAUCAAACAAAUUACCAUGUUGGACUUGAUCCAGCUGCGUUUUUAGUAGAAGUGAGCAAGUACAUUUUCAAUCAGGCAUAAAAUUGGACUUUUGAACAACUUGACAGUUGUUGGCAGACCAGACAAACAAACUGGACUUGGUUUCCCAGAACGCCCCGCAUUCGGUUUAUUAAUGGACCCACUCUUGCAUCCUCACUGUUUUUCCACAGAUGUUGGUCAAAUAUGAGAGAUUUGUGUUCUGAAAGUGCCACUGAAAACGUCCACAAAUGUCUUUUCUACACAUCCGGCCAUCCACAGCUGCAUUGCCGUCUAUUUAGAUUCUUGUUUCUUUGGGCAUGACUGUCCAGAGUUUAGAUUUAUUUCGGUUUUGGAUUUGAAGACACUAAAAAGAAAAAAAAACAAAAAAACUUGCUUCUCUCCCCGGCCACGCUGGCAGCUUCGUCAACAAUUUGGCGCCUUGGCCCUGAACAUGAAAGUGGACCUUCAGGGCUUUGCUGAAUCAAAACCAUGCAGGCCAGCUAUAAAACGAGGAGCAUUAUUUGUCGCCGAGGUAAAAGACUGCUUUUUUUUAAUCAGGGAUGAGCUGCAACAGCUCAGGGACAGUCUCAUCGUUCGGCAAACAUCGUGUCGACUACAGAUGCUGAGAAAGUUACAUGUGUUUGGUGUGUGCGUGUGUGUGUGUGGGAUUUUGUGUAUACAGGUUUGUUACCUCAACUGAUUGUUGUUUCUUUCUUUUUAGGAAGUGAUUUGGACAAAUGUUCACUCUGAGUUUUAUCCUUGAACACAACUGCAAUGCACACAGCUGAAAUUAUUUUUGUGGUAGCUGAUGUUUAAAGUCGGGGAGGGAUGUGUGGCAUCGUGUAUAUAAGCAAUCUGUAACCUUUGUGGCUUUUGUGUGGCAGGGAUUAGAUGUUAUGAAGGUUGAAAUAAAUAGGUCAUUUACAAGUAUAUAUUUAAAGACCUUCAGACGGUUGCAUCUGAGGCUAUAGACUACAGCAAACGACAGGGAUUGUGUAUAUUUAUAUAUAACUAUAUAUAUAAAUAUUAUAUAUUCGGCAGGAUAUCCCUUAACGUAAGAUUUAAAAGAAAAAAAAAUACAAAUGUUGAUUCUCAGUGGAUCGGUCAGUCUUUUUAAAAAAAUUAUUUAUGUGUGUAUAUAAAGUGUAACAUGUGGUUUAGCCGAGAGAGGGCGCUGUAGAGGAAGAAAGUAAAGCAGUGGCGACCCGGACUGUUUAUGAGCGAGCAAUGGACUCUGUCGCUGAUGGAGUGCACUUUACAUUAACUCCCACCUCUGACUCCUUCACACACCUGACCUAAGAGCACACAUUGAUCACACAAGGCUGAUACAUGGGUAUGAUCAGACAUAGAUAAUACAUUUUAGUUUAGAACAUUUUGAUUGAAUGAUGUUCUUAGUUUAUUUUUCUAGGAUUUUUAGAUUGCUUCCAAUUUGUGAUCGUAUUCUAUUGAAAAUCAAUUAAUUAAGAAAAUGGAGAUUACAUCAAUUUAAAAAAAAUAACAUUACUGGGAAAAGUUGCAUCUCUCUUUAAAAAUGUGUUAAAAGAGCAAAACUGAAAUGAUACAACUCUUUUUACUGGUGGCUUGACAAAAAUGUCUGUUCUCUAACAGAAAUGGAUGAAAAUGUGGUUUAAUUCAUUUUAUUUAGAAAUCAAAAUCCCACCCAUAUGUGAAACAUUUGCUUUAAAGUCUCACUACCUUCUACAGACUGAUCGAUGGGAGUCUUCUGCUUUCCUAUCCAGGUCUGAAUAUGCACUCUGCAGUUGACUUAAUCUUUUUUUUCAUCUUAUUUCAGGUGAAAUCAGUUACCGUGCACAGCUGACUGGCAGCUAUCAGCAACAACUUUAUAAAUUCAAGCUGCAGAAAGCGUUGUUUGAAACCUCUCCUCUUCAAACAACGAUAAAUCAUACGAUGGAAACUGACCCAUUCCUACACAUUGCCAUCUGAACGUAUACAUUUAAAAUAAAUAUUUCAUCCUUUUUAUUCAACUGAAAAUUUUACUGAAUACAUAUCAAAGUUGCAAUUUCAGCAUUUUUGUUUUUUUCUGUAUCAGUUGGGAUGUUUUACAGUUGAUUAUGAACAAAAGUGGUCAUUAUGUUGUGUUGGUUAUGCAAUUAUCGCCCAACCGUCAAGAAACACACAGACACACACACACACACGCGCGCAGGCAUACUGAUUGAAAAGAUAAGUGUGCUGAGGAAGUCCCUUAGAUCUUUAUUUAAGUUUGAGCUUUGUCUUUCUCUCUUACUAAAAGCCAUGUAUCUGCAUUUAGAGGACCACUCCUUCGCCUGUCACUGGUUGGCUGUAGUUUUAUACUCUGGAGAGUUUUUUUUAAAUAUCACUUUGAAGGUAAAAAGGAUGUGAAGGAGGUCAUUUUUGUAUUCUAUAAAAAUGUCAAAUGGUGAUAUCCGGGUUUAGUGGGUAGAUUUUUAAAGCCGUGAUGGUCAAAAGUGGAAGUUUGCAUAUUUAUUUUUCCUAAAAAGCAUCCAUUUGCUUGUGAAAAGCCCUGGGAGCAGAAUUUGAGUAUCAUUUGAUUUUAAGCCGGAGAUUUCAGAACGGCUCCUGAUCUUUUAAUGACUAUCUCCCAAAUCCUACGCAGACUUGUCGACUUUGGGCUUUACCACAUCGAGGCCCUCGUCACCUCCCUCUCACCCCGUCACUCACUCACCCAAUUGGGGUUCAUGUCCUCUCUGGAGGCUUAAUCUCAAAAUUGCACAAACACACACAGAUACAUCAAUGGUCCAUUGCACACCCACGCUCAUCCUCUAGUUUGCUUCAUCCAGAUAGGGGGUCAUGGAGCUGGGAUGAAGUUGAAUCAUUUUCGGGGUCAGCUCAGUGGCUCGGACUCAUCACGUUCUGCUCAGUUCAGAAGUCGGUUCUCAUUUUCUGAUCUCUGUCUGUCACUCUCUCGCAGCUGCUGAUCCUCUGUUUGACAAGUGUCGGUGUCAAUAAUGCUUGUCAGAUUGCGUGGCAGAGUGAACAUGCAGUAAAUCCCCAGAGUGUGAACACUUUGACUGUUAAGACUGUUGUGCCCAGAGCUUCGAACAAAAAGAAAAAAAAAGGCAAUUUAAGUCUGAAAGUACCAGGUUUUUUCCAAAAGGUAAGAAAGAGGCAGCUUUGUGACACACCCAUAGACCAACACUAGGGGUCGCUGUUAUCGUAGAAAGACAAUCGUGCUGAUAAAUGGUUCUUUCUCCCUCCCCUUCCCCCUGACAAAGCGAUACACGCCUCUGUAUAAUGAUGUCUAGAAGUCUCACUGACUUUCCAGUGUUAACUUGUGCUGGUGACAGUCUGUUUUCUUGUUCUCUACAGAUUGAUAUUAUUAUUACUAUUAUCAUCAUUACCACAGUGUUCACUGCUGGUAGAUGUCAUGAUGAUAUGGAGCUCUUGAGUUACUUUGUGUAGGUUAGACAUUUUGUUUUAUUUUUGAAAUUUGAUUUUAUUCUAUGAAAAUAUCUUAUAAAUAUGUAUUUCUGUUUUCUCUUGGGUUUAUUUUUAUUUUGUUUGUUUAAAAAGGGUGUUACUAAUGUUGCACGAUUUUUAUGACCUGACACAACACAAGCGUGGUGAUGAUUUAUUUUAUUUUUUUUAUUAUUAGUAGUACAAAAGCGAGUGGACUGCGACAAACCGCUUCUAUGCUGCAGCUUUUGAGUUCAAAAUACGAACUUUUCGGUCCACACAGAGGUGGUGGUGGGGUGGGGGGGCUGUAGGAGGGGCAGCGUGACACGUCUAAUUUAUUUCUGACCAGACACGAUGAUGUCAAUGCAUGGCCAUUUUAAAAACAAGAGAAAGUUAAUCAUGUUGUAGGAAACAAAGUGUAAUAUUGACACAAACACACUUCACACAAGAUGACAUUUAUGAAAAGAAAAAAAAAAUUGAAGUAAAAGUUUUAAGUAAAUUAUAGCUAAUAUAUUGUGUUUGGCUAGUCGGCUUUUUUGUUGUAAAAAUAUUUUUUGUUGUUUUUUUGGAGAAUGAUAUACAGUUUGUGUAUAUUUUCAUAAAUAAAGUAUGCACUGAUAUGUUAUUACAAAUUCUAUACUGCUUUUACAAAAAAAGUGUUUGUUAUUGUACCAAAGUAUCCAUUGGUCCCAGCUUACCCUCCUCCCCUUUUUGCGUAUGUUUUACCGUAUUUUAUAUAUUAAAUAGACAAGUUGACCUACA